ACAUGUUAACAAUCCCAUUUUGAAUAAGCCUCCACUUUCACCAGACUGCACUUUACACUUUGAUUGAUUUAUGAUUGAGAUAUUUGCCUCUCACCUGGAAUAAAUAAUCAGACUGGAGACAAUAUUUCACUGGGUAUUAAUCUUUAAAGCAAUUACGUGAGGUAGAAUUAGGGUUACAGAUGCUGUCCAAAGCCAAUUCUGUUGAAAACAAAGUUGUUUAUUGACCUCUUUUUUUCCAGUUAUUCAAUCCAAAACAAGCAUUAGUAAUCAUUUUGUUUGACGCUAUGAACACAGUAUUUCUAUCAUAAAAGAACAUUUAUCUGAAAAUAACAUUCGCUUAUUUCAAAGAAACAAUACCUACAUUUAUCUUCUAAACAUUGUUAAGUUUUUAAACUUUUUUGAUUAACUACAAAUGGUAUUUUAUUUCUUUGUCAGUUGCGCUCGAAAUAAAAUGCUUGUUGAAUUUUUGGUGAGAUAACACUUGGUGCAAGGGAGGGCCGGAUUAAAAAAUCUGGGUAUAAAGUUCAAGUGGAGUGGUUUGUUUGCCGUCCAAAUAAAUUAAAGGAAACAGAACAUAGUCAUCUUCAAAUCAACAAAGUGACAGUUGAAAGUAGAAAAGUUGAAAGUGAUGCAAAGUGUAAUGCACUUUUGCACUUACCGUAGUGUGAUGUUGUCUCUGCUGAGCGGAUCUGCCUUCGACAAUGCAAGCCUGCUUGUUAUGCAACAGCCCCAGAGGAUAGCUGCUCAACUUCCUGAAAAGAAAGUGGGCGUCCAUCUGGCAGUCUGAUUGGUCCAGUCGGCAAAAGACAAACGUUACUCAUCAACCUGACUGGCAGAAGUAAAUCAUUGAGUUCUUGAAUGACUAGUCGAUCACUAGUAGAUCUGGAGGUAACCUCGACAGCAGCAUGUUUGCAUUAGAGGUACUUUCCUGUCCUUUCAAUAACCUCAUGUGUCAAGAAGAGAGAGGGAACAGGGUUAUGCUGAGCUAAGCAGUUUUUGUCGUGAAAAAAAUGCAACUCAUUUCUCAGCAAUAAUCCAAUCCUGCUGUUUGAUAGAGUUGCCAUGCAAGUUAUCACACAAGUUCCAGGACUUAGAGGGACCACCUUCAAAUUGUUGCGCAUUCUCCACCAUGUUAAAUGUCACAUAUGGGAUUGCCACCGUGAGAGUCGUGUAGCGGAGCCAAGAGAUGGUGGCGCACAAGCUGAGACUGCAACUACAUUCCUUUGGUCUUAUUUUUAGCAACUAUUUCUUGCUGUUUUGGUGAGCAGGUCCAUUGCAAAUCCAGGUGGGAAAACUAGUGCUGGGUUUAAAGGUGAAUAGCAGGUCAACAGGAAAUGAAUUUGAGUGUUUCACACAGCAACUGAGUUGUCUGUGUUGAGUUUGUCACUCUGUGUUUCAGUGAAGCCCUGACCCAUGCAGUCCCUACCCCUGCUCAGUCUUGUCAGGAUGUCACACAGUCAAAAAUGCUUCUUAAAUUGGACAGCAUUUGUGCACAAAUAUUACAUUACAUAUCCUUUAGUUGAAGUUGAGUUUGUCCCUCAUGUAUAUUGUAACUCUGUACAGAGGGCAGUCGAUGUCCCCAUCUCCAAUUCAGCAAUAUAAUUGCGGCAAUAAGCGCUCUUUCAUAUGACUCCGCGUCACGCAAAUUCAGUUACUGAUUCACUCGUUUCCGUUGUGCAUGGUGGGAAACAUUUUGAGCGAGAGCUUGUAUAGAUUAAUAAUUCAUUUUAAGGAUGAAGAUAUUGAUACAUCUUUUUAUUUAUUUAUUGAAGAACAAGAUAACCAUACAGGUAGUUCAGAGUCCAAUAAUUAUAAACGUGAGUUUAAUGCUUGCAUUCAUUUAUUUGAGGCUCUUCUUUGUAUUUGAAGGACUGAUGACUGUGUCUGGAUUUAACUGAACCUCUGUGACCAAGCUUGUCAACAACUUGUAUGGCAGCUUUUCAUACUGUUAAACACACAAUCUAUUGCAAAUAUGAGCGCAAUUCAUUAAAAUUAAUUUACACAUCAUUUACAUUCGUUACUUUUAUUUUAUAAGCAAACAAACAGUGUUGUGUUUUUUUUAAUUUAUUCUUCAUUUUAGUAAUAAAUUUGUGUUUUGUGUUUUCUUCUGCAAAAUUGUCUUCAAUUGAUUAAAAAAUACGGCUUGUUCUCGUUGGUUCGUUUCCAUUUUCACUAAAGCAUUUUAACAAAUUGGAUACGACCUCAUUAUAAGCGGAAUGAAAACAAAAACGUGAAAAAAAUUAAACCGUUCAGCAUUCGGACGUGACGUCACCGGAAAAUCCGAACGUACACAACCAAUAUGGCGGCGGUGAGCGAGGAUUCGGUGGUCAAUUCUCACGUGGAGAAAAAGAAAAAGCGGUCUGCGCCUCGAUACUGGGAUGCAUCUAAAGAACAGGAGAAAAAUGGAAAAGACAAGGAGGCAAAAAAUGAUGAAGAAGCGCCACAGCAGAAGAAGAAGUGGCCUUCCAAAAAGUUUAUAUCAGGAAAACGUGAUCCAUUUCCAGGACCUGCCACUCUUCCAGAAGCCAAAAUCAAGAAAUUCGCGAGGGAUGGACAAGCAAAAAAGCCUCCACGACACUUUGUGAAAGCGAGAGCAAUUAUGGAUCGAGCUGACGCCCUGUCUGAAAUGGCCCAAAAGCAAGCAGCGCGGUUUGACAUGCUACUUCUGGAAGAUGCUGGAUUCCUAGAGGGGGAUGAAGGUGAGGACACGUGUACCAUCUCACAAGAAGACAUAGCCGAGGCUGUGGACAUUUCAUCAGGGGCAAAGUAUUUCAAUCUAAAGCUGUCGCAGUUUGGACCGUACCGACCGGACUAUGACAAGACCGGGCGUCACUUGCUUCUGGGUGGGAAACGAGGCCACGUGGCUUGUAUUGACUGGCAGUCCAAGCAACUGAAGUGUGAGAUAAAUGUGAUGGAAAGCGUCAACGAUGUGAAAUGGCUGCACUCAGAAUCCAUGUUCGCUGUGGCUCAGAAGAAGUGGCUGCACAUCUACGACUCAAAAGGAGUCGAGCUUCACUGCAUCCGGAAGUUCAACGAUGUCCUCCGCAUGCAGUUUCUCCCGUACCACUUCCUGCUCGCCACCGCGAGUGCCACAGGUUUCUUGCAGUACCUUGACGUGUCUGUUGGAAAGGAGGUGGAAGCCAUUUGCACAAAAGCUGGUCGCCUCGACGUUAUGUGCCAGAACCCGUACAACGCCAUCAUUCACCUCGGUCACUCGAACGGCACAGUCACCCUGUGGUCCCCGAAUCAGCGAGAGGCCCUUGUUAAAAUGCUGUGCCAUCGAGGCGGGGUUCGCUCUGUGGCUGUGGACAAGGCAGGACUGUACAUGGUGACGUCAGGGAUGGAUAAGAAACUCAAAGUGUAUGAUGUCAGAACCUUCAAGCCACUCACGUCCUACUUCAUUCCUGCUGGAGCUUCCUGUUUGUCCCUGAGUCAGAGGGGACUGUUGUCUGCAGCCGCAGGAGACGUUGUUCAGGUCUACAGAGACGUGUGGAGCACCCCGGUCACUAAACCCUACAUGGCCCACAGAGUUCGGGGGUCAGUUUGGGGGCUGCACUACUGUCCAUUUGAGGAUAUCCUUGGUGUCGGACAUGGAGACGGUUUUACCAGCAUGCUUGUUCCAGGUGCUGGUGAGCCAAAUUUCGAUGGUUUGGAUUCAAAUCCGUACCGCAGUGUUAAACAGAGGCAGGAGUGGGAGGUCAAGGCCCUCCUGGAGAAGAUCCAGCCUGAGCUGAUCAGCCUGGAGCCAUCCAUGCUGGGGAAGGUUGACAGAGCCACCUAUGAGCAGAAGCGCAAAGACCUUGUCGAGACAUUGGGUUAUGACCCCAAUGCCGCCGAGAGAUUUGUUCCUAAAAGGAAGAAAAAGGGUCGUAGUUCUGCUGGAAAUAUUGAAAAACGCAAGAAGCAAGUGGGCCAUAUUGACCAGAGGGAAAUAAUAAAGGAGACUGUGGCAAAGAGAAUGCAGUUGGAAAAAGGAAGAAAGGACCAGAUCAAGAAGAAAGCCGCGAACGAAACAUCAGCUCUUGAUAGAUUUAAAAAAUAAAGGCGGUCUUGCUGUUAUUGUGAACUUUGAACUUCACAUGAAAGGUAUAUUGGAAGAUGCUUUGCUAAUAGGUGGAUCUUCUCCUCGAAUGCUAGAGGCACUUCCCGUCCACAUAAAUGAACUUUGGGGGGUUUGCGGAUGUGACACCAUUUAGUAUGUAUGUUUGUAAUUAACGUUUGACUCUAUUUGAAAUAAACUUUGUGUUUCAGACC